AUGACUGAUAAUGAAAAGACAGAUCUUGAAGUCAAAGCAGCUGCAGCACAGACAGCAAGUGCAAGCAUGAUAUCUCAAUCUGACACUCAAACACUAUAUGAAGCUGGAGAUUCCACUAAAGAGAGUCUCAACAGAGUCAUCUUAAGUAUGAAGAUGCAGAGUGCUACUGCUGGUGUGAACAUAGCAAAAUCUCAGAACAUAUCUACUAUUACACUCUUGCAAGAAAAGCAGCAAAGUGAUAUGCAUUCUGAGCCGCCAAGGUUCAAGAAUGAACUUUGGGAGGCUAUUCCCGUAGUAAACCCUCUUGCCCACGCAGUGAUAUCUAGCUGCGUUCAGAACACCCAGUCGUGGAAAUGCGUGGCCCAUGAUCUUGAAAUCGGCUUCAUCACUGAACCCCUUACUGAUGUCUUCGGUCAUCAGCUCUGUUAUUUGGACGCGGACGAAUUUUACCUUCUGAAUGCCCGCUUUCAGCGUAUAUAUGGCGAAACCGAUCGGACGGCUAGGUUUCGCACCAACUUGAUACUUUCCUGGGGAAUUAGAGACAUGCUACCAGCCUCUUUAGCCGGCUCCAUCACAACUGAAGACUUGAGAUGCUUCCAGAACGCCUACGCCCUCGUGCUUUCAGAUGGACCCUUGGUUGAACUCACCAUGUGCUUGUACAAGCAAAGACAUCUUUACAGAGUGACUGUGAUUGUGAUGGAUCUGAAGAGUUAUCUGAAGAGUGUUGCAUAUAAUGAAACAAUGAUCUCACUGGAGCUGGGUAGAAUUCUUGAACUGGAGAACUAUGAUGGCACACCUCUUGAUCCUGCAAUUGGAGUGGUAAGGCAAACCGGCUGCCUCAUGCAAGGCUCUUCAUUCACCAAACAACCCACUGAUGUCCCUGUCAUAAGUGCAAGUCUGAAGCAUACAAUGCUCCCUCUGCUUAACACGUCAUCUUUCCCCCAGCUCCCUUCAGUGUCGUCUCCAAAUCCCAGAUCUCAGGAUGAGCUCUAUGCUGGCAAAAAAAUUAGGCGUCCUCGAGCUCGGACGACUAAUUUAACUCAUCACGUGGUCGUCUGCUUCCUUCCCGCACCACCCCUCUAUGAAGCCCCGCACUGCGAUGCGUUCGACCAGGUCAGGACGAAGAUGGAUGUGAAUGUUUCGAUCAAAUCUGGUGACACACUGGACCUCUAUCGAGAUUCAGGCAGAGUCCUCCGGUCACUCAUUGAUGAUGGAUGGAUUGUGUUGAAGGAUGCGACGGAUACAAACUCCAUUGAGCUGGUUGUGAAGAAUCAGGACAAACCUAUUCUGAUGCCCGCUUCUCGACUUGAAAACUCCCCAUUUGAACAUUUUCCCCAGGGGGAGAAGCUAGCAGAGAGGAAAGAUGAGAUCCUUGGCGUGACUGCUUAUCAUCUCUACGGGAAAGAUAAUAAGAUGCAGUGGCGGUGGCAGUACUGCAUAGGAGGCAGCGAGGGUAACCAACCAAAGACCAUUCAAGUCACCGGUGGAUACGUGAUCAUAUGCAGCGGUUGGCUAUUACAGCAGCUUCCCAUGCCGGCAGGUAAAACAGACCUAUACCUAAUAAACUAUUAUCAGUCAGAUUACUCUUGGUGA